CCAACGGAAUGAUUGUUUGCUUCCCCACUGACAUCAAUCAUAUCUAUAUAAUCCUCUCCUUCUGCUUCAUCUCCCCACUCUUCUAAACAAAGCUCACUUCCACUCCCAACCCAUGGCAUUUGCAGGCACAACCCAGAAAUGUAUGGCUUGCGAAAAAACCGUUUAUCUUGUCGACAAGCUGACCGCCGACAACCGCAUCUACCACAAAGCCUGUUUCAGAUGCCACCAUUGCAAAGGAACUCUAAAGCUCAGCAACUACAAUUCCUUUGAGGGAGUGCUUUAUUGCAGGCCACACUUUGAUCAGCUCUUUAAGAGGACUGGCAGUCUUGACAAAAGCUUUGAAGGAACACCCAAGAUCGUAAAACCAGAGAAACCGGUUGAUAGUGAGAAACCAACGGCUAAGAAGGUAGCUAGCAUGUUUGGCGGAACCAGAGAUAAAUGUCUUGGCUGUAAUAACACUGUUUAUCCAACAGAAAAGGUCACUGUAAAUGGAACUCCAUACCACAAAAGUUGCUUCAAAUGCUGCCAUGGCGGAUGCACGAUCAGCCCUUCCAACUAUAUCGCUCAUGAGGGGCGACUUUACUGCAAGCACCACCAUAUCCAACUCAUCAAGGAGAAAGGAAACUUGAGUCAGCUUGAGGGAGACCAUGAAAAGAUACCAUCGAAGGAAAAAAUCAAUGGCGAAGCGGUGGCUUCAGAAGCUUGAUUGUGGAUGCUCCUUUUAAGAGUGUGUUCUUCGCCCGCUGUUUCUUAAAUAUUCAAAUAACAUGCUCAAACAGACGCCAAGAUCUGUUUGAUUUUCAUCAUAUUUCAUGUUUGUGGAUUUGAA